UAGAAAUGUGUCCCAUGGUGUUGCUACAGUAUAUCUUUGUUUCGAACAGACCAUUCCGGAAACUUGUUUCGGCCCAUUGAUGUGUACUUUGCACACACGUGUGCAUAUCAGCUCACGUGGGAAAAGGAAAAUCUCCAUGAAGCUUCUUGUUGUGUUCGAUUUAUACCGUUUUAUGUCGUAAAACCUUUUGGAAAUGUAUCAAGACAUUUGGAGUUUGUUCCAGUUCCUUUCCCUCGGAGGGAAACCUUUGUUUGCGAUUGAUAUCGAAAAUGUCGACACGGUGUGGUACCAGUUUGGAGGAUGAGCAGUUCAGGCGGUCAACUGGUUCAGAAAGUCUGAAAUUUUCCACCCUUUGCGGCUCUUUUAUUGGUCGCUGCUUUCACCUCUGUCCAUGGUUCUGAAAUUAUGUCCAUGCUGUUGUCCCCUGAUACUUGAACCUUUUCCGCUAAACUCGCUUUUUUUAAGUUACAAGACAUGUCACUAUUUAUCAAUAGUAUUUUCAAGUGAUCUACAGGUCUUGAUAAUAUUAUCCUUGAAUUCCAAGACGCAGUUUUGAAAAAGCCAUUUUGGUAAAUGAGCUGAGCCGCGAUGCAAAAUCAGUUCCGCAGUAAGAUUGUAAUGAUUUUACAACUUUGUUUCUGAAAACAAUCCGCAACGGGAUGUUAUUGCAAGAAAUGCACUCUAGAUGUCAGUAUGCUCCCAUGAACAAACGUCCUUGAAUUUCACACCCAUUUGUGCCCGCACACAAACCGGAUUUAAUUCUUGUGUCGCUCUGGUCGAGACGCUGCGUGGCUCCGGUGUAAAAAAUCUGUGGAUAUCCGGGGAGAUCAUAUUUAUCUUGCUGCUUUUCUGUUGAUUCAUCUUUUUGUGGUGCAAUGGAGAACAAAAGAUUUGCGUCUUUCCGCCGCGGCCUCGUUUUUCUUUUCCUUUUCCUCCACCCCGCCAACGGAGACGUCAGCUACUCUAUCCCAGAGGAGAUGAAACGUGGAUCUGCAAUCGGGAAUAUCGCCAAGGAUUUGGGACUCAAUUUGGGCCAGUUAUCUGCUCGUAAAGCGCGCAUCGAUGGGGAAGACGACAACGUCCAACACUGCGGCAUCAACCUCAACACUGGCGACUUGGUUGUUCAGGAAAGGAUCGACAGGGAAGAUCUUUGUGGCAAAAAGGCAUCGUGUGUUUUAAAGCAGGAACUUGUCCUGGAAAACCCAAUGGAACUGCACCGUGUUAAUAUCCGUGUUGUCGACAUUAAUGAUAAUUCUCCACAGUUUAAUGAAGAUUCACUCAAAUUAGAAAUUCGUGAGUCGGCAGACAAGGGGGAGCGUUUUCAUCUGAGAGAAGCACACGAUGCAGACAUUGGAGAAAAUGCUGUUCAAAGCUACAGAUUGCAGCAGAACGAUCAUUUUAAAUUAAUUGUCAAUACUAAAGCAGGUGGACGAAAGUACUGUGAAUUGGUCUUAGACAAGGAAUUGGAUAGAGAAGACAAAACAGACAUGAUGCUCUUGCUGACCGCCAAUGAUGGCGGCUCCCCUCAGAGAUCAGGAACAGUCGUCAUCCACGUCACCGUUUUGGACGCGAAUGAUAACGUGCCCGUAUUUAGUCAAGCGGUCUAUGAAUCAAGUCUGGCAGAAAAUUCUCCUGUUGAUACUUUGGUGAUCACAGUGAGCGCGAGUGAUGCAGACGAAGGAAUAAAUAGCGAAAUCACUUUCGCAUUUGACCAUGUUUCUGAUGACAAUAGCAAUAUUUUUACUUUACACCCCAAAACUGGAGAAGUGAGAGUAGCUGGUGUUGUUGAUUAUGAGAAAGUAUCAUCUUACGAAAUGCAAAUAAGUGCGGUAGAUGGUCCAGGAUUAAUUUCUUACUGUUCUUUAAUUAUAAAUCUUAUUGACGUCAAUGACAACGCCCCAGUUAUCACGAUCAAGUCGCUGACCGAUGCGGUGGCGGAGAACGUGCCGCCUGGCACCGAGGUGGGCAUCGUUCACGUGCAGGACAGAGACUCUGAGCAGAACGGGCAGGUCCGCUGCUCCGUCCAACAAGACGUCCCCUUCCGCUUAGUUCCUUCCAUCAAGAACUAUUAUUCUCUGGUGACUAGCGGCCAGCUGGACCGCGAACUGGUGUCCGAUUACAACAUUACAAUCGGCGCCAGCGACGAGGGCUCUCCUCCUCUGUCCUCCCGGAAAAGUCUUCACCUGUCCGUCGCCGACGUCAACGACAACCCGCCCGCGUUCGAGCGGGAGUCCUACAGCGCCUACGUGAGCGAAAACAACAAAGCCGGCUCGGCUUUGUGUCGGGUCGGCGCUCGAGACCCCGACCGGAGACAGAACGGCACGGUGGUUUAUUCUCUGUCGGCGGGCGCGCAGGUGAACGGCGCCCCGGCGUCCUCCUACGUGUCGGUGGACGGAGACACGGGGGCCGUCCGCGCCGCUUGCUCGUUGGAUUACGAAGACCUGAGGAGUUUUCGAGUCCACGUGGUGGCCAGAGACAAGGGUUCUCCUCCGCUGAGCAGCAACGUGAGCGUCAGCGUGUGGAUAUGGGACGUGAAUGACAACUCUCCUCAGAUACUGUACCCCGCCCCGGAGGGCGACUCCUUCAUGACCGAGCUGGUCCCCAAAGCUGCGCACGGAGGCUCCGUGGUGUCCAAAGUGAUAGCGGUGGACGCCGACUCCGGACAGAACGCCCGGCUGUCCUAUCACAUCGUCAAGGCCACGGAUCCGGGACUUUUCACCAUCGGUCUCCACAGUGGAGAGAUCAGGACCCGGCGGGACAUUGGCCAAUCUGACAGCAUGAAACAGAACCUGAUGGUGGCGGUGAAAGAUAACGGACAGCCCCCUCUCUCCGCCACCUGCUCCGUGUAUUUACUCCUUUCCGAUAACUUGGCCGAGGUGCCGGAACUGAAGGACGUUUCUUCCGACGAGCGGGAGAAGAAUUCCAAAGUCACCUCGUAUCUGCUGGUGGCGCUGGUGUCCGUGUCCACCUUCUUUCUGACCUUCAUGGUGGCGGUCCUGGCUGGGAGCUUUUGUCGCAGGAGAAAGCCCAGACUGUUGUUGGACGGAGCGGUCGCCGUCCCCGGCGCGUAUCUCCCUCCGAAUUACGCCGAUGUCGACGGCGCGGGAACUUUACGCGGCGCCUACGACUACGACGCCUACUUGACGACGGGCUCCAGGACCAGCGACUUCAACUUUGUGCGUUCUUACGACGACGACACGCUGCCCGCGAAGAGUCCCGGCGACUUCGAUGACGAGCUUCGCGAUUCUUUCGACCCGCUUGAGGUAGAUCAAUUUUCCUUUGUGGCUUGUUUUUUUGUUGUUGUUUUUUUUGCCUUUUAAUGAUAAACAUUUGAUACUUUAGUCAGUAUAUCAAAUAUUUUGUCAUUCCACUUAGUGGAUUUGUUUUUGUUUAUAGUAGGUUACUUAGACUUUGGGAUGACAUUUAUGUCCAAUGUAGGUAUAUAUGAAGUUUUUAUUUCGAAGUUGUUCUUCUCAGCACAUUGGCAGACAGGCGGCAUGUCACGGUAACAGUCUUAACGAUCGUUCUUGCGGCUGCCUUGACUUCAACUUUUCGGCUGGCCUGAUCUCAAUGAAAAAAUCAUCAAGAGUAAAUAGCGAGGGAAAUCACAACUGUCGAGCUCUUUGCAGUUUGUGACCAUGCACGACUGACCCAACGGUCAAGCAGAACAACGGAGACGUACCGUCCUUGGCAGUUAACUAUAUUGACGACGGGGAUUUUCCAACAAAAAGUCUGUGCUUACAGCCUAAUGUUUUGCAUUAACUAUAUUUGCGUCCAUUAAGUUGCAAUUCAUGACUGCACUUUGUAAUAGCACAUUUUCUUCAGUUAGCCUUUGGUAAAACAG